CCAAAGGAUAUUAACCGCGUUUGUUAUUCACAACAACAAGAUUCACCACAUCCGUUUGUUUCGCACAGCUCCAGACGGAGCUCGCGAUCGCGCAUGAUGUGGAACGACGAAGAUAAUAACCCUUACGGGACCAGCUUUGAGCGUCGCGAUUCAAUUACCUCCUCCACCACGAAUCCCCUCUCUCCAGGCUCUCAACAUGGCUUUGCUGGGCCCCGCACUCCCUCCACCAUAAGCGAUCACCCCGAAGGCGAGAGUGACCUUCCGGCUCAGCGUUACGAUGACACGAGUGAUGGCAGUGAUGAGGAAUAUGGAGGAUCUACACAAGUUGCUGCGAGAAAGAAGAAGGGUGGUUACGACAGUCGAAUUGAGCAAAUUCUCUAUGAGAACCCCGAUCUUCCCAUCUUAAUUGUUGAUGCUGGCAAGAGCGUGGAAAGCGGAGGGAAAUACAUCGUGUACACCAUACGGACGGGUGAUCUAGAAGUUCGCCGGAGAUAUUCUGAAUUUGCUUCCCUUAGAGAUGCGCUCUCUCGAUUACACCCCUCCUUGAUCAUACCGCCCAUUCCGGAGAAGCACACAAUGGCUGAUUAUGCUGCAAAUCCGACAAAAGCAAAGCAGGACCAGCAAAUUAUCGAUCUUCGAAAACGAAUGUUAGCUGUGUUCCUGAACAGAUGCAGGAGAAUGGACGAGGUCCGGAACGAUGGAGUUUGGUGGAGAUUCCUUGAUCCAAAUGCAAGCUGGAACGAGGUCCUGCAUUCUCACCCCAUCGCAUCAAUUCCCAAGUCCAAUAUGAAAGCUCCACCACUUGACCCCGCCAACCCCUCACCAGCUCAUGCAUUCCUUCCUAUCCCCGCAUCAUCUGCUAAGCUCAAGUCCGUAUCUAAUCUCCCUACCAAUCCACAAAACAUGCCAAAUCAAACAUCCGAAUACAUGGCGAGUCCUUCGACCGCUGCACACACAGCUCCUGGCCAACAACUCUCUGGUCGCUUUCCACCCGAUUCCCAAAAUCUGAGCGAGCAGGAUCUUGAUCCUUAUUUCAUUAAUUUUGAGUCAGCAACGAAAGAUCUUGAAUCACUGUUGACUGGUCCAAUUGAGAAAGUUAAUCGUCGGACCUUGACGCACUUAUCCUCGCUAGCUUCGGAUCUUGCAGAGCUCGGUGCUAGGUUUAAUGGUUUCGCUCUUUCAGAACCGUCCCCAUCCUUGGCGGCGGCUAUUGAGCGAGUUGGCCAAGCUGUUGACUCCUCAUACAUAGCAACGGAAGAGUUAUCCGGAUCGUUAGGUGCGAGUUUUGCCGAACCUAUGCGCGAGAGUGCGCAAUUUGCUGGCGUUGUUCGAAACGUCCUACGAUAUCGUGUGUUGAAGAGGAUCCAACAAGAGAUGACAAGUGAUGAGUUAUCCAAGAAGAGAACACUACUUGAAUCUUUGGAGAGAAGUGAAGCAGAAGCCAAGCGAAUCGAGCAAUAUCUCAGCAGUAGCGGUACGGGUAAUUUACAUCGUCGAUCGGCAUCUUCGGCUGGAGAGCCACCACUCCAAAGACGAGAGAAUGCCCAGGAGGAUACUGCUUCCAUAGAUUCAGAUUUCCCACCCACUCACGGCGAUCCUUCCAGUACACCGUCGGCAACCCAAGGAGCUCCCCAGACUGAGGCCUCUCCUACCCAUCGGAAAAGCUCGAGCGGCAACUUCAUUACCAAUAAGAUCUUUGGGCGCAUAAGCCAUGCAGUCCAUGGCGUUGUUGAUGUCGACCCAGAAAGAACACGGAGGGAUCUGAUUGGCAAGACGAGAGAGUCGAUUGGGCAAUUGGAACAAGCUCAAGAAGCAUCAGAGCAAGACGUCCGGAAUGCCAGUAGUGGAAUAUUGAAGGAUUUGAAGCGUUUCCAAGCAGAGAAGGAAGAUGACCUGAAGCGAUAUAUGCUUGCCUACGCUAAGAGUCAAAUCGAAUGGGCGAAGAAGAACAAGGAUACUUGGGAAGAGGCUAAAGCCGAAGUCAAUAAGAUAGACGAGAGCUGAUGAUCGAGCGACGGCAUAUGCUCAUGGUGUAUUACGGUUUAGUGAUACUAGUGAUGGUUG